UUUUUUUUUGUUUUCUCAAUUAAGUCAUACUUACAAAGAUCUUGUCUACGUGACCCUAAGGAUGUAUUCUGUGUCACUAAAGUGUAUACUAAAGUCCUCUUUCUAUGGCUUUGGACAUUAUUUCAUAUCAGUUUCAGUUUCGCACACAUACUAUAUAGCUUGCUAAAUGAAUUAUUAUGUAGAAUAUCUUUUACCAAUUUAUAUAACUGUAAACAACACCAUUACAGUGAUGUUAAAAAAGCAAUGUUCGGUAUGUUAAAUUUGCAGCAAAAAUUCAAGAAAAUCUAAAGAAAACAUCUAAUAAUACAUAACAGGACAGCUGAUUUCAAAGCUAUUUGCCAUGUGAAAAAACGUCAGAAUCAUCAACAGGAUUAUGAAGAAAUAGUACACAUUUUGGCACAAUGGAGAUUCCAUCUGUACUUAUCAAAGAGCUACAAUGAUCAAAAGUUUUAGCACAUUUGUGAAAAAAUGAGAUGUAGAGAAAAAAAGGCAAGAACAUAAGCCCCAAAUUAUAGUCAAGUUUUAAUCAAAAGACCUAAGGAAACUCAGCCAGGAAAAAUGUGAACUUGACCAAUAUUACCUACGAUUGCAUGUGUAUUCAAAUGGAAAAAACACAGACUUCCCAACUCCAACAAAAAUGACUCGAACUGACCCCUAAACUGCUAUAUUUCUGACCCUCCAGCCACUACUGACCCCACGCUCUAGAGCUCUCUGUGUGGAGGUGGUAAGAAAGGAGGGUUAUGGCUCUAUAGUUCCCAUGCCCCUGUGUGAUCACACAAACCCAGCCCCCCUGAACCCACACACAAACGAAGGUUGAAGAAUAAUUUAAUGUCUGCUUGCACAUGAUGCCAUGUGGAUUUUAGUAAUGAUGUACAAUCUGCCCUACCUACCUACACCCCACCCUGCACACCUGAGAAACCUCUGCAUCUCAGAAACUCCUUUUGGACUCUGGAACUGAAUUUCCCUGAAUCACUCCAUUCACUGUGACUGCUGAUAGUGGAAAGGUAAAAGGAUUUUAACCAAGUAUUGCCAAAGGAUGAUUCUCAUAACCUCAUCCCUACCAGUUUCUAAACUAUUUGUAAAAUUUAUCACACAAAAUGAAUUUGCAAUACAAUCUUCUGAACUUCUAGAAACUGGAUUUUCAGUUUUGAAAUCUGUCUUUUGCACACCAAGAGCAAUGCUUGUGUGCACACUGGCAGUGAUAUUAUAAUCAACACACCUUAUACCCAGAUGCAAAGCCUCCUCCCCAGGGAAUCCACACUCAGAGAAGCUCAGAGGACAAGGCCCUCUGCCCAGGACACCACAUGUACCAACAGCACCACAGUCUGGUUCACAGUCCACGUCAGUCCAGUCAGAUUGGACACCGAUAGCUUAGCCAACCUGUUGUUCCUGGUGGCUGCAAAAUCUCCCUCACAGCUCUCUGAUGAACUACAUCAGAGAAUAUGGAAAGAACCUGCAAGCUACCUCCCACUGGUGCUCCUCCUGAUUGCUAGGCUCCCCAGAGAAUGGUAGCAGCUCCUCUAUUGGAGGAUUAGAGAUUGCAUGACUCAUCACAAGCCUUCCCAGCUCUGCCCUUCCGCCCCACCCUAGGGGCAGACAGAGCCCUAGUAUGGUAAAUUUGUAUUUUAUUAGAAUCUUCAACUCUCCCAGGUGUGGAGAGAUCUUGGUACCACUUCUAGGAAAAUGACAAGUAUAUUUGCCACUGGGCUACGACAAGAAAGUAAGUUCAAAAGAAAAAAAAAAAAAAUACAGCUGAGGAAUGUGGGAGCCAACUUGCCUGAGAACCCAACAUUGUGCUAAUUAGGACAGACAAAGGACAGAUGAAAGUUCAUCUAGUGGACAAGCUCAGUGGAGAAAAAAAAAAAAAACCAUUGUUCUAGCUAAGCUUACAGAAGGGCUGAUACAAAUCUGGUGGUCAGCAUUGCUUAGGAACAGGCUUGCCAAACGGAGGCUCAUGACCUUUGAGGGGGAGUCAGGUUCCUACAGACCUAGGCAUCCCGCAGGUGUGAGCCAACUUCAUCAUAGGCUAAUAAAUAGAGGUCUCCCAGCCCCCUGAAGAUUUCUUCCUCUCCUAGUCUUGCUAUAGUAUAUAACCAGAGCUUGUAAAAAUAAAAUUGUCACCUUCAUCAGACACUUGUAUUAGUGUCCUUCUUCAAGUCUCUUGUCCCCCAUUCUCUUCUGGGUACCCCCUGGAACUUCGUUAACUGUCCUGUUGGAUGGGACAGAGUAAUGUGUUCCUGGUAUCUUGGUCAUCUUAAUAAGCCCAAUAGAAUGACCUCGGGAAUUUUGUUUACACCUUUUUUCUUCCUUGGCUGUCCCAUCCUGCAACAGGGUAGUUGGCUCACUCCUGCGGGAUGUUGGCCUAGGUCUGUAGGAAGUUGGGCCCUAGUAGAAAGUCACAAUCUGUGAGUCUGGAGGAAAUUGGCUCUCAGCAAAAUGUCACAGCCCUGGGUCUGUAGGAGUCUAUAGGAAGCUGGUUCUUUUGCAAAGCUAGCUGUAUGGAGCUAGCUCCCAACAAAAGGUCAGGAGCCUCCACUUGGCAAACCUGUUGGAACACCAGAUUUGUGUCAGUGCUCCUGGCAAGCCUUGUUACUAAGCAACUCUGACCCCCAGAUUGGUAUCCGCACUUUAGCUGGAACCUUAGGUUUUUCCACUCAGCUUGUCCUUUAGGUGACCUUGUCCUUAGGUGUCCUUUCAUAUGUUCUUUGUCUGUCCUAAUUAGCUCAAUGUUGGGGGUCUCAGGCAAGUCGGCUCCCCACACUUGGCUAUUUUGUUUGUGCCUUAGAACUGACCCUAUUCUUUGUAUGUACCCAGGCAGUCAAAGUGGGUCAGGGUCUGUAGGCAAAUUUAUCAGCCUGCUGAGGCAUGGAACGAUUGGAGGGGCUGAAAGUUCUAUCAACCUUGGUGGAAGGAACAGGGAGGUGCCUCUGGAUAAGAACCGAUAUUCUGUGCAUAUUUUGGAGAAUUGUUUGUUAACUUGUGGCUUUGCUUUCUAUGGCACUGUGGGGCAUAAAAAUUAGGAAAAACAAACUCGAGUGAGGCAGCUGUAUUAACCAGCAGUCCCCCCAAAUGUAACUAUUGGCUUUGCAUCUUCACUCCCCGCAGCGGAGACUGUUCGACUCAAGCUUGUGGGCUGAGUACAAGGAAUUAGAUUCAAGGAUCUUUUUCUCCUCCAUCCUUGUUUCUCUCCUAUCUGGUGUUAGGGGGUGAAAUGGGGGUGGGGGAGGGGGCUGAAGAGGAGGAGGUUUAAGCCUGGAAAAAGAAACCACAAAGUAGCAAAGACCAGCAAAGAUCCAGUUAGCUGGGUCUAAAAUGCUAAAAGAGAAUCUAGCCUAGGUAGAUUUUACAGUCCAUGUAUGCUGUCACCCUUAAGUUUGUUUUACGUUCAGGUUCCAGUUUAAGUUUUGAACAAUUUAAAUAUAAACUGGAGGAUACAAGUCUGACCACUUAGAUAGGACAUUUACACAGCAAACAUUUCCAGGAUGUUUAAGUACACCAGUGCCCUAAAACAGUAGGUUAGUGACAGUGUCCUAAGUGGAAGGUCUCAGAGGAAGAAAAACAUAGGAAAAGGAGAAGGGAGAAAGUAUAAAAGCUGGGGGGUGGGGUGGGGGUGGGGUCUUAAACUAAGUAAGCUUGGAGAAGUGCUGUUGGCACGCUUGGCGGUGGCCGCCGUUUGGGUGAGGAAAAAAUGUUGGAGCAAGAAGAAAAUGGCUUGUUUGAAAUACCAGAUUAUGAACAUGUAGAGGAUGAAACUUUUCCUCCCUUCCCACCUCCGGGCUCUCCAGAGAGAGAUCCUGCAGAAGCUGAAGCUGAUGAAGGGAGUGGAGCACCUGUUCCUGUUCCGCCAAAGAGAAUAGUUAAAAGGAAUAUACCCAAGCUAGAUGCUACAAGAUUGACUUCAGAGAGAGGGCUUCCAGCCUUAAGGCAUGUAUUUGAUAAGACAAAAUUCAAGGGGAAAGGUCAUGAGGCUGAAGACUUGAAAACGCUAAUCAGACACAUGGAGCACUGGGCGCAUAGGCUAUUCCCCAAACUGCAAUUUGAAGAUUUUAUUGACAGAGUUGAAAACCUAGGAAAUAAAAAGGAGGUUCAGACCUGUUUAAAACGAAUUCGACUUGAUCUGCCUAUUGUACAUGAAGAUUUUGUUAACAAUAACGAUGAAGUUGAGGAAACUAACAGCCUUGAUGCAGCUGCCACUGGAUUUGAUGCCUUUGUGACAAGUUCAUCUGACAGCAAGAGGUUUGCUUCUGAAGCGAGUAGAAACCUAACAGAAGAGCAGCAGCAGAGAAUUGAGAGAAAUAAACAACUGGCCUUGGAAAGAAGGCAGGCAAAGCUAUUGAGUAAUAGCCAGUCCCUAGAAAAUGACGUGACAGUUGAAGAGAGCAGUACUGGUGAGAAUCAAGAAGAGUCAAAUGGAUUGAUCUCUGCUGAUGGUCCACAUGACGUUCCUUCUGCCAGCACACAGGAAGAAGGACAGUUGGAAGCAGAGGAAACACAGCUGGACCAUCCUAACUUAGACUAAUCCAGAAAUGUUCUAAGUAGCCAACCCUCUACAGCAGAAUCCUACAGGCUUGGAGUUAUUUGUAGUUUUUUCUACUUUGUAUAAAUCCUUAAGUCUUAAGGCUUCUGUGGAUUCCUGUUUAAAAUACGAUGACUAUUUAAAUUGUUUCCUACUUAUUUUAGUAAGUCUAUUUAUUAUUUUUGGUGUUCUGUAUAAGUCUGACUUUAUAAGCUGUUUUGUAGUUUGCAUUGAAUUGUUUCUUACUAAAUUGGGUAAUGAUUAAAAUGUAAAUAUGCCCUGACUGUUAGGUCAGUUUUUAUAAAGAAAUAAAUUAUUUUGUAAGCAACAAAAAAAAAAAAAAAAC